ACAGCAACAGAUGUACGAGCCACACUCACUCGCACUUUAAAUCUUCUAUCAAGAGAAAAGAAAACCCACUAGGUCCUGCUCCAGCAAUUUAGUCUUUAACCGGAAGAGGAGAUAUUUGCUUCCGGGUUAAAAUAAAUGUGGUUAAAAGGUCUAAGUUUCGUAAAAGCUGAUUUCUUUGGUAGGCGGUUUGUGUGGCGUCCAUUGCGUCUUUUCGCAAAGGAUGGUGGGACUUGUAGUUUUUAUGCUUGCACGGGGGGGAUUGUGUGUAUGCUUUUUCCCCGCCAGGGCCCCGCGCGUAGGCCAAGCCACCCAAGCCUGAGUGCGUUCCCGGCUUUCCUUCGCUGACACUCGCAGGGAAGGUUCCGAGUUCUCCGGGAAAGGGCUUUUCCGUGUGGCAAGGCCGAGGGGGAGAGAGAGAAGAAACGCGGCUACCGUUGUUCUGCUUGUGCUGAGGCCUCGAAGUGUGUUUUUCGGGACGGAGGCUGAGGCGGGCUGCCUCUUGAAAUAUUGCAGCCAUGACUAAGAGAGAAGCAGAAGAACUGAUAGAAAUUGAAAUUGAUGGAACUGAGAAACAGGAGUGUACUGAAGAAAGCAUUGUUGAGCAGACAUACACCACUGCAGAAUUUGUGAGUCAGGCUAUUGAUAUCAAUGAACCAGUUGGAAAUCUUAAGAAACUGCUGGAACCAAGACUUCAGUGUUCCUUGGAAGCACAUGAAAUUUGCCUCCAGGAUAUACAGCUGGAUCCAGAUCGCAGUCUCUUUGAUCAAGGUGUCAAGACUGAUGGAACAGUACAACUUAGUGUCCAAGUAAUAUCUAGGCAAGGAAUAGAACCCAAGUUAAACAUCCUUGAAAUUGUAAAGCCAGUAGAAACGGUUGAGGUAGUUAUUGACCCAGACGCUCAUCAUACUGAAACUGAAGCACACCUUGUUGAAGAAACUCAGGUGAUAACGCUGGAUGGAACAAAGCACAUCACCACCAUAUCUGAUGAAACAUCUGAACAAGUAACUCGAUGGGCUGCAGCAUUAGAAGGCUACCGGAAAGAACAGGAACGCUUAGGAAUUCCUUAUGAUCCCGUACAGUGGUCAACUGACCAGGUCCUGCACUGGGUAGUAUGGGUGAUGAAGGAGUUUAGCAUGACAGAUAUAGACCUCAAUACUCUUAGCAUUCCUGGGAGAGAGUUGUGCAGUCUAAAUCAAGAAGACUUCUUCCAGAGAGUCCCACGGGGAGAAAUCCUUUGGAGUCACCUGGAACUUCUUCGAAAAUAUGUUUUGGCCAGCCAAGAACACUCUGGAGAAAUUGCAACAGUUACUAUUGACCAACCUGUGCAGAUUAUUCCAGCAUCUGUACAACCUUCUACCCCAACCACAAUUAAAGUCAUAAACAGCAGUGCAAAGGCAGCUAAAGUACAGAGAGCUCCAAGGAUUUCCGGAGAAGACAGAAGUUCACCUGGGAACAGAACAGGAAAUAAUGGUCAAAUCCAGUUAUGGCAGUUUUUGCUUGAGCUUCUGACAGACAAAGACGCUCGAGACUGCAUUUCAUGGGUUGGAGAUGAAGGAGAAUUCAAACUAAAUCAACCAGAGUUAGUGGCACAGAAAUGGGGACAGCGUAAAAAUAAGCCCACUAUGAACUAUGAAAAACUCAGUCGUGCUUUACGGUAUUACUAUGAUGGAGACAUGAUCUGCAAAGUACAAGGCAAGAGAUUUGUGUACAAGUUUGUCUGUGACUUGAAGACUCUAAUUGGGUAUAGUGCGGCAGAGUUAAAUCGGUUGGUCACAGAAUGCGAACAAAAGAAACUGGCAAAGAUGCAACUCCAUGGCAUUGCACAGCCAGUUACAGCAGUUGCACUGGCCACGGCAUCACUGCAAACUGAAAAAGAUAACUAAGCACCACACCUGGAAAGCUUGGAAGCAUGAGGCCUUUCUUGUACACUGAGCAGUUUCUGAUGUUUAAAUGGGGAACAACUUCUAUUCCUUGGCAAUUGAAUAUGAUGCAUGGUUUUUCUAUGAAGAACUGAGAUGAAUUGGAAUCUUUUUCACUUAAAGGCAUAUAUUUCAUGUACAUUCAGGGCACGUCACAGUUUUCUCUAUAUGAAGACAGACCUUUUUGUGGCAAGUAGUCUGGGAUUGGUAAGAAAACCCAAAAUUGGUUUGUGUAAUUUCCAAGCAUUUUAAGAAAGUGAAGCAUCUGUACAACACAAACUAGUUAAUAUACUGAAUCUUAUUUUCUGUAUUUCUUUUUUCUCAAACAACCAGCUGGAAUGUAGUUUUUCCAUAUGUAGGCAGGCUUUUGUUAACCGUGCUAGUCAUUGCCUAAGCAUGCCAAGUUGUAGAAAGAAAAAAAAAGUACUAUGAUGCUAAGGCAGUUUCUCUGUUCAUUAGCUAAAGAAGGGAAAUGAAGGCAGAGCUGAAGAUCACUGCUGAGAAGGAGAUCCAACUUUAAGUCCAACAAGGUCAAAAACCAAUUAUGAGUUUGAUAUAACAUGUAGAUAACAUGCACAUAUGAGGGAAAGUGCUUAACUAUCUUGAGAGACAUCGCUAAGCAUAAUGGCUGGCAUAAAAAAUGGUUUUCCACAUUUUUCCUGUUGGGAGAUUAAAAACUUGAAAUACUAUCUCUCAUCCAAAGAAUAGGUUUGGUUUUUGUUUUAACCUACCCUGCAGAAUAUAUUAGCUGCUGCUGCUUAUACUUGCAGUGUAGUAGACUUUGAACUGAAGACUUAAGUUAAUCACAGAGACCCCUUUCUGUUGGGAAACAAAAUGUAAACUGCAGCUAAAUUAAUAAAUGAAGUUUGACUUCCCAAGUUUAUAUAGACUGCUGUAUUAAAAUACAGAAAAGUGCAGUUCUUUUCUUAUAAUUACUUUGUUUUCAAGCUGUUGUUUUUUGGGGGCUUGGAAAUUAAAUAAUGUGGGUUCAGAGUAAACGAUAACUACUUUGGGAAUUAGAUGCAUUUUUAAAUCUGAUACCUAACAAAUCCAGGAAUGUUGUUAGACUCUGUUAAAUUCCAGGUAAAGUCUGGAAAGCACAUUUUGGAUUUAUCUCUUACAUUUGUGUGAUAUAAAUGUUAUGCUCUAAAUGCAUGCUUUUCAUUGAAUUAUAAAAGAACAAACCUAUUGGGAUGAGUUGUGGCUUUAUUUUACAAUCAGUAAAAAUGUGGAAGUUAAACAGGAGCUUCAUUAUUAUGAAUACUCUAAAGUUUCUAAAGUCUAUCAGAAUAACACAGUAAUAAGCACUAAAUACAAAACAUGGCUUAGAGUAUGUCAGGCAACAAUUACAGUAACAUUAAGGAAUCUACCAGUUUCCAAGACUUUAGCUAUACUUGUUUAUCUUCAGAACAUUUAGAAAUGUUAAAUGUCAUAUAGGCAAGAUUAGAUUUUCCAUUUUGAGUGACAAUCCUGUGUCCAUUAAUAACAGAAAUCCAGUAGGUGAAACUUUUGGUAUUUAAUAGAAUGCAGGCUUCCAGUUUAAGCACUAGUUUUCAGUGCUAUUCCUAAAAUUGUGUGAGAAUGUGUUUGAGAUGAGAAAUAAGCCUGCUUUAAUUAUAUAGCAAGAAUUGUAACUCUCAAUGCAUAGCAGGAAUAUUGGCACAAAGCAAAGUAGUAACUGUGUGCCUGAGAAUAUGAGCUCCAGAAUUGUUUAUGCAACACUAUGGAAGAUGAGUUGGUUCACUGAAAAGAAAACAGGUUCACUGAGAAGAAGCUUAACUCACUGGUUCAGCUUUUUAAAAAGAGUUUGAAAUGUUCCAAACAUUGAUUUCCCCCCCCCCCUUUGUCGAAGAGGUGAUCUGUUAAUAUUGAGGCAGAUUAAACUGAUCACAAAUACCUGUAUAAAUGCUAUACUAGAUACCCUCUCAGCUAUGCACAUACUAGAAUAAGCCAUAUUAGGAAACAUGGCAUAUGGCCUUUCUUUUAUAUACAUUGGAUUUGUUUUCUAAACUUUAGAUUUUCGUUAUUUCCUUUAUAGGUUUGCUGCACUUUUAAACAAUAUUUUCCCCAUUUAUAGAGUAUCUUCAGUGUGUUUUCAAAAUAGUACAUACUUGUCAAAUUUCUUGUGGGGACAAUCUGUGACUAAUUUGAGAUCUUCAGUAAAAGGUAUGGAUUAUUGUAUAUUUGGUGGCAUUGUGUGACUUUCAGAAUAAAAAUAUAGACAAUUUAUUCCCAAAUUUUUGUAAGAUGGAGGGGUUUUGCAUACAUUUUUACUCUUUACGGACACAUACUCUGCUAAUUAUGUAUUUCUUUUGUGUUGAAUUUUUUGGUAAUUUUACAUGAAUUAUUCUCUAUUUUUACUCUAAAAUAUUUGUGCAUAAAAUUGUCAAUAUCGUAAAGUAUGAAAAUAAAAUUUUACAUAGCAUAAA